UUGAAGGGAAAGACGUUAACAAGACGAUAAGGAGCUUCCUUCUGCGCCACAAGAGGGUACGGGCAAGGCGAUAGGUGCGCCUUCAUGUCGUCGGAAUUCGCGACUCGCACAGUUGAAUGACCUUUUGCGUACUUGGGCGUAAGAGAAGCGGCCGGCGAGCUACACGAUUAAUACCUGCGCUCUCGAUGAGCGUCUCGCGUGGAUGGCUGGUCGUCGCGGCAGCCUCCGUUAACAACGUAUUCACUCUUGCCGUGAUGCGGUCAGGCGCCAUCAUUUACGUCGGGAUUGCGAGCACAUUCGGAGUGUCCCGGGAAGAUGCCGCCUGGCCGGUGUGCCUCGCUACCGUUUUCAACUUGGCGGCAGGUCCCAUCACUGGAAUGCUAGCCCAGCACUUUCAGAUAUCGACACUCCUGGUUGUAGGCUGCUUUCUAGCUUCCCUUCCGGUCUGUGCCAGCUACUUCGCCAACGGGGUGCCCUUCCUCAUCGUAAGCCUGGGGUUCUUGCACGGGUGCGGUUUGUCCCUGCUAACGUUGGGCUAUGCUGCCGUCAACCAGAGCGUCACCAAGAACAAGGCGCUCGCAUCGGGCAUCACCAUCGGAGGCUCCGUGGUUGGCGGCAUUAUCUUCCCGCCCGUCGCGCAGUUCCUUUUUGACGAGUACGGGACAAAAGGCGGCUUCCUCGUCUUCGGUGCCAUCAUGCUCAACUCUACUGCAGCAGCGCUCUUCACGAGGGCGUCUUGGCUACGGAACAUCCUAUCGCGGAACUUGGAAAAAAGCACGCAAAUUUCCACAACAAUGCGCCUCUCGGAGGUCCCGAAUAGACGCAUUUAUGAGGCCAACAGUGAUGCCCAAGGACUGGGAGAUAACGUGCUCAAUUUCUCUGAUAGCAGCUCGUUGAGCUCCUGCAACGAGACAGCGCGUCUCGACACACCUCUGAAUAACAGUGCAUGUAAACAGAUAUCUACGUGUGAAAGAGUUGUCGUUGCCGCGGUUAGCCCUUUAAGCGGUCAGGUUCAGCGACCUCCGCCGAACACUCGGGCAAAGUGGCUCUCCUUCUUGAAGAAUCCGAGGUUCUACCUUGUCGCUUAUACGUUAGGUCAGGGCUGGUACUUAAGCACGAUGCUUCUCACGGUAGUGGUGGACUUCGCGGUGGAGCGUGGGAUCCCCAAGUGGGACGCCGUCUCGCUUGUCACGCUGGCAACCGUGGCCGAUCUCGUGUCCAGAUUCGUGUCGGGGCCCAUAACCGACAAAGGUCUUCUGAGGAAGAGCACCAUGAUGGUCCUGUGCCUAACAGCAAACGGCAUCGUGCAUUUUCUUAUGCCGCAUUUCGACUCGUACCCAGCUCUGGCGGCGCUCUCGGCACUCUCCGGGUCGUGCAAUGGAGGGACUGUGACACACAUUUACGUGCUGUGCGGGGAGCUCGUCGAUCCGGUGACCUUCGGCCUCUGCAUGGGCACUGCCAAUUUCUUGGCUGCGUUUGCGCUGCUCGAGAGGCCACUCAUGAUCGGAUAUUGCAAGGACAAGCUCGGAAGCUACGACGGUCUGUUUUAUUUCAGUGCAGCCGUAGCCUGGAGCAGCGCGAUCCUCUGGCUCAUUGCAUACUUCCGUGAGAGGCGAACCACCAAGAAAACAAUGACGCCGGAAGCAACCGGGUGAAAGUGGUGAUGAUAUUCUCUAGCAGAGAGAUACAUGUUGAAACACCACAACGCUUCUUCUUUAUUAGACCUGACAGACGACAAAGACACGUGAGAAAGGGCCUGCCAAGUCUCAAACCUUACCCCAGAAAAACUACAAAAGAUCAGGUAAUGAAAUCAACGCCGUCACGUAGGUACAUACACGGCCAAGUAAAAGCAAUGCUGUCCACUUG